AUGUUCACAGAGCCGAAGAGACGCCACAAUGGCCAACCACAGGCCUGCGAGCCAUGCCGCAAGGCCAAAAUUCGUUGUGACCAUGCGAAUCCGAAGUGCUCACGCUGUGUUCGACGCAGUCUGGAUUGUGUCUACCAUCCUGCUCCUUUGACCAAACCCCGCGUGCCGAACUACUUCGGCACGACACCCCCCGCAGGCCUACUGACCACUCCUGCUGUCAUUAACGAAUUUCACCUUCCAAUCCAAUCUCAUGACGACAUAAAUGUCUCUGCUCCCCUUUCAGACCCCGGUACGACUGCAAGCUUAGGGACGAUGGCCUCUUCCAACACAUCAAAACGGAAAAUGCCAUUUCGAGAGGAAUUGGGUCGACACGAGACAACGCGCUUCUCCGCCAUUUUUCUUGAGAACAUGGAUAGCUUAGGUCCAGUUAUGCUUAAAACCAUGAAAUCAAACCACGCACUGGACCAAGAGCCUGAUGUGACUGCCUGGCCUCAUCUAGAGUUGGCUGUCAGAACACUUCUCAACUUUCCCACCGCUCGUACGUGCGACAUGCUGAUGACGGGAAUCCAUCAAAUCCACGACGUCUGGCUGUCUCCAACCAUGAUUCGACAGUGCUUAAAUCAAGUCUGGACAGAAUACGAUAGUGAACUGGGGGAGCGUCGGACACGGGAGUCAGUAUUGAAAGUGGCAAACGAUAUCUUUCUUAAUCACAAAAAGCCACAAGUAACGCCCAAGUAUGACGCAGAAAGCUCAUUUGACCGCGAUUCAUGGAUUAAUUGGUUCGGUGGGCCUUACCUGCGAUGGGAAAUGAUUGGGAUCCUUUUCAGCUGGGCUGGCAUUGCAUUCAGAUGCAAACAAGAGUGGGACCCAGUUUUCGACCUAGCUGAGCAGCAUGGACGGAAUCGCAACACUGCGGCAGACCGAAUGAGAGAGUGUGCUGCUGCCUGUAUCAGACUUUGCGAGGACAAUUUUGAAUUAAAUGACAUCAUGGUAAUUUGCAUGAAAAAUAGCAGCAGGUUGCAAAGCAUCAUCAUCAGCGAUGAGAGUGACCGUAUACGAGUCGAUUAUGGUACUGUUCGCAGUGCUUUCAUCUCCGCGGGAUUGCAUCGCCUUGGUCCCCUUCAGGAAGUUACGCCAUUUUCCCAACAUCGAGCAUCAAUUGCUUCGUCCAUGUAUUACCAGGACAAAUGUCACAGUUUGUUCAAUGCGCGACCGCCUAUGCUGAAUGAACGCUACUGUCAAUGCCCACUUCCACUAGAUUUGUGUGAGGAAGAUGUCUAUGGGGGCCGGGGCAGACUCACAGCAGCCCUUGCGAGGCUUGAUUCAAAUGGUUGGAACACAGAUGGCCGAAUAUUCACAACAACCUGGCUUCGAGCACUCGCCAUUCUAAGUCCUAUCCGCGAAGGCAUAUUGGAACUCUCCCUAAGUGUGAAUUUGAAGUUAACAAAGUUGCAAAUAGAUGACCUAAUAGCUCAGUUGGAGAAGAGAGUUGCUUCAUAUCCCCCGCAAAUUCAGUAUCACAGUAACAUGGAAUGGCCUUUGCAGUCAACUGUAUCCUUCCAUGGACGAAGCGUUCAUGAAAUGUACAUCAUCACACGGAUACAGCUCGAUGUAUUGCAAUGCAAAUUCCUCUUACAGCGUCUUGUUGUCUCGCGGGGACUCGGUGGUGGCCAAGAAUUGUUCGAUAUCGCCCGAGAAACCAUUUCUGUUAUCGUGUCCCUGUGGCUUAAUCGCGAUCAGUUACAGCAAUUUCACCACGCCUUUGACUGGAUUGCCGUAUCAUACGGCAUGCCCUGUGCGGGAAUUUUGUGCGUCGAGCUUCUCCGUGCAAGUAACCUGGCGCCAAUUGCCUCAGGAACUGAAUCUUUAACGGCAGCUACUAUUCAUGAGUCUGUUCGGCUUUCUCGGUCGGAAGUCGUUCAAAGUCUAAUCAUGUUUAAAGCCUUACUUGAUUGGAUACGACCUACGGAUAACAAUGCACAGCUUAGUGGCAAGUUCAAGGAAGUUCUCCAGAGAAUCAUUGACACUUUAUUUGAUUCUAUGGAAUCGACGUUUGGCGCGCAACUACAACAGAUACCGAGCGAAGGCCAGUCCCAGAGACAUUAUGGUGCGCAAGACCGCAGGCCUCGAGAGCAAAACUUAUCUUCCGUGACGGAAAGUCAGCAUGAUCUUGAUCCUGAGCUUAUCACCAUAAAUGAUAUGGAUUGGCUGAACACUGUUGAUUGGACGCAGGGAAGCCUGGUUGAACAGAAUAACCCGUCGUUUCUGUAUUAA